AUGGCCUCUGCUUAUGCAUUUAGUUCACUAUCUAAAAUUUAUCCUUUAUUUUCUCUUCAAAAACGGUAUGGGAAUUCAUGUAUCAAACCUUGUUGUACGGUUUCCACCAUAAUUUGCAACUACCAAAACCCACAAUUGCCCUAUUUUGUUGCUGCAAAGACUAGUAAAGUUAGAGAAUUUAGGCUAUUUAAGUCAGUGCAAUUGGACCAGUACGUGACGAGUGAGGAUGAAGAGGAAAUGAGUGAAGGGUUUUUUGAGGCAAUUGAGGAACUUGAGAGAAUGACAAGAGAACCUUCUGAUAUUCUUGAGGAAAUGAAUGAUAAGUUGUCCGCGAGAGAGUUGCAGCUGGUGCUUGUUUAUUUUUCUCAAGAGGGGAGAGAUUCGUGGUGUGCGCUUGAGGUGUUUGAGUGGCUGAGAAAGGAGAAUAGGGUCGACAAGGAAACGAUGGAGCUAAUGGUUUCAAUAAUGUGUAGUUGGGUUAAGAAGUUAAUUGAAGGGGAACAUGAUGUUGGCGAUGUGGUUGACCUACUUGUGGAUAUGGAUUGUGUGGGGUUGAAGCCGAGUUUUAGUAUGAUUGAGAAGGUGAUAUCUUUGUAUUGGGAGAUUGGGAAGAAGAAGGGAGCGGUUUCAUUUGUCAAGGAGGUUUUGAGAAGAGGAAUUGCAUAUUCUGCAGAUGAUGGGGAAGGACAGAAAGGAGGCCCAACUGGGUAUCUUGCAUGGAAGAUGAUGGUUGAUGGAAACUACAGGGAUGCAGUUAAAUUGGUGAUUAAUCUUAGAGAAUCUGGAUUAAAGCCUGAGGUCUAUGCCUACCUCAUUGCAAUGACAGCUGUUGUGAAAGAGCUAAAUGAAUUUUCUAGGGCUCUGCGCAAAUUGAAAGGUUUUUCGAGGUCUGGUAUGGUAGCUGAACUUGAUGCAGAGAAUGUAGAGCUUGUUGAGAAAUACCAGUUAGAUCUUCUAGCUGAUGGAGUAUGCUUGUCAAGUUGGGUCAUUCAGGAGGGAAGUUCUGCACUUUAUGGUGUGGUUCAUGAGCGACUUCUUGCCAUGUAUAUAUGUGCUGGCCAUGGGCUUGAUGCUGAAAGACAAUUGUGGGAAAUGAAGCUUGUCGGUAGGGAGGCUGAUGCAGACCUUUAUGACAUUGUUUUAGCUAUCUGUGCGUCCCAAAAGGAGGCCAGUGCUGUAGCACGGUUGCUCACUAGAAUAGAGGUUACUAGCUCUUUGCGUAAGAAAAAAUCAUUGUCAUGGUUGUUGAGAGGUUACAUCAAAGGUGGACACUAUGACGAGGCUGCAGAAACACUAAUUAAGAUGCUUGAUUUGGGUUUGUCUCCAGAUUAUUUAGACAGAGUAGCUGUGAUGCAGGGUCUGAGAAAAAGGAUCCAACAAUGGGGAAAUGUUGAAUCUUAUCUUCAGCUCUGCAAGCGCCUCUCUGAUGUGAAUUUGAUUGGACCUUCUCUUGUAUAUCUGUAUCUGAAAAAAUAUAAGCUUUGGAUCAUGAGAAUGCUCUGA